CUUUCUUUUUUCUAUUGUCCUUUUCCUCUUUAAUGGAUAAAUUCAAUAGACCUCCACCUGACAUAGACAAUAUAGACAACGAACAGCCCUACGUGUCGUUAACCCAAUUCGAUAGAGAGUUACAACAACAGGCACAGCUGGUUAUGGAACAAGAUAUAGACGUCUGGCAGGAUUUCGAAAAUUAUUUGCCCUUAGCUUAUCAACAGACGAAUUCAAGAAAUAUCAGCCAACCUACAAACAGCCAGCUAUUGGAUUUUAUGACCAAUAAUGAUCUACCAUUCAACUCUGUAUUGUCCACUCAAAAUAACAGUAGCCUAAAAUUAUAUCCACAACAGAAUAACAUGUGGCCACCCAAUGAUAUAUCGUUCAUUUCGCCUCACAGCGAUCCUAUACCAUCUCCAUUCAGUAGUCCGUCUUCUAUUCCAGAACCACUCAGCUCACCUGGUCAGCAAACUACUCCGUUUGAACCUUCAUCUACAGCAACGACGGUUAAUACAGCAUUAAAUAACUCGGCUUCGUCAACGCCUGAUCAGUCUCCCAAAGCUGAGACAUUUUCACUCAGUUUUAUUUCUUUACCAGAUCAACAACAACAACAACAGUUGAAUAACCUAGCUUGUAAGCCUACAAUAAAAAUUGCUCAGUCUCCAGACCAGGCAACGACCCAAACAUCUAACCCAUCCUCAGCCGCCCCCCAACAAAAGAAGAGGGCACAUAAUGUCAUCGAACGUCGUUACAGAAACAAUAUAAAUGAACGUAUCACAGAACUUAAAAAUGCCGUUCCCGCCCUCCUUCAUGCAAAAGUAAAGGAUGGCAACAAUAGCGCCAAAACCGGAGCUAAGCGGGGGCGUAAAAGUAGCCAUGACGAUGACGAUGACGAUGAUGACAACGAUGACGAUGAAGAAUACCUUGAUGGUGUAGCUAUUGCAACCAAGCUGAACAAAGCCACCAUCCUGCGCAAGGCAACAGAGUAUAUAUUACAUCUCAGACGCAGUGGUGAUGUCCUUCGUCAAGAAAAUGAUAUUCUUCAAUCACUUAUAGGCCAAUUACCCGGCGGUCAAGAAAUCCUCAGCCGCUACCUUUUUCAAAAAAUGCAAAGAGAUCAAGAAAUGCAACAACAAAUCUCGUAUGAACGUCAACUCCAGAAACAAAUGAAGCAACGACGCAAGUACCCGGUAGGACGAAAACGAUCUCGACUGUCAACGUCAGACGAUACUACUGCAUCUCAAGUCAAACAUGAGCCUGUGCCGCUUGUUCCUGCUACACCGUCAGUCACCAAUCGAGUCUUUAUGGCAGCGUUUAUGGCUAUUAGCUUCUUUUCGAGUUCACCGCUUUUCACGGGUCCAACGACAAAAGAGCAAUUUGAAAGCCACCAUCACAUCUCACGUACAGUGGAUGAGUAUCCUUCCAAUAAUGGAAACCGUGAGAGUUCUCUCCUUGGUCUGUUCUUUUCUACCCAAGAUACAUGGUCAACAUUUAGAACUACAGUAUUUGUCAUUUGCCUCUUCCAACUUCUUUUCCCUUUAUUUAAAUCUUGGAUUCUGGGAAGCCUCCGAAUCAAGAGCGUCAACAAACGGUCUAGAGUUAAAUCAUCAUCAAGCGGCAACAUCGCCUCUCAUGUCACCUCAUUAACCCCUGGCGAUCAAAAAUGUAUGCAGAUAUACAACAUUCUGGCCAAAUCAUUGGAAAAUGACCCCAAUAACCGUAAACGGAUUGUGUUUCCCCAAAAGCAGGGUAGUACAGUUUCACUUUGCCUUUCUCUGUGCAAGGAAAUCACUCGAUUCAUCUCACGUCACUGGCUAGGCUAUGAGAUACUGUACGACGACCAGGAUCUUGCCCCACAAGAGCAAUGGAUUCAAACCUGUAAAUGGAUCAAACUGAACGAGGUUGAAUGUCUAGGAGGCAAUCCUCAAGUAACUCGAAUCUCUAUGCUGUUCUCGUGCUUCCACGUGCUCAACUUGAUCGAAAUGAUGGAGGAUGACGAAAAUGAGUACGUAGAGCAGUCUCGUUCUCGUGUCUAUGCUACAGCUGCCUUACAAAUGGCUCUCAUCAUUCCGCAUCAUGGUAUAAGCCAGAGUCUAUCAAAGUACUUUUGGCGUAUGGCCAUGUACGAAUCUGGGCUUGAAGAUGAUCCAUUAAUGAGUGCCUUGACCUUUGACUGCCACGAAGAUGAUGGUGAAGAUCGUAUUGAGGUCAUGCUUAAAUCUCGCGCUUGGAAUGAAACUCUCGAAGUCAUGAGUCAUCAAAUUCAACACUUUGAGCAAGACCGUGCCUAUGGUUUGUCAUUAUCUAUGAACGCGCCGGUCCUUGUUCCCGUCGGUAUCCUUUCAACGCUUCAUCUGCUUGAUAACUUACAAACUCAAUUUGGUCGACUCAUCAUCUCUGUCACUGCAGCACCCUUACUUUCUGAUGAGCUCAGGGAUGAUGAAGAAGAGGAUUCUGAUUUUAAUGAGACGGCGUUCGCUCAAAUUUUGGACAUGACAACCCCUCAAGAGGAUCGCGAACGCGUGGAUGAUUACCACCGUUUAGCUCACUGGUUGGCAGCUGUAGGCGCCAUUGUAGAAGCUCUAUGGAAGAGCGAUACCAAGACAGCAAAUAAAUUGAUCAACACCAUCUUAGAAAAGAUACCUCUCUCUCUUGUCUCACGAGAAAUGAUGGGAAGCGACGUUGAUAUGGUUGGACACAAGGAACGUCUGAACCAACUUGAUGGUCUCACCAAGAAGAGCAUUAUACAUACAUUAGUUGGUGCUGCUUUACUCAAGAAAGGAAAACCAGAGGAUUUGCUCCGUGGUGUUGAGGAACUCUGGAAUGCCGAAAGGAUCAAAAUGACCAUGAAGAAAUUACUUGCUCGUAUUGAUAACAAUCAUGAGCAUAGAAACCAAAUACUCAAGGAUUCUGAAGACAUUAUUGAUCUCGAAAGUUCUGUUCUUGGUCUUGCAGAAUUUGUCACGGCCGUCACUGGCUUGGAGGCGUGGAUAAUCGCUUGGCGUUUGAUACCUACUCUAGUUGAAGAUGGUGAUGCUUGGGAAGCCAAGUUAACAGAACAAGUACGUAAUUCCAGCCUUCAGCUACGAAGAAUGAUUCGUCGUCACUCACUUGAUGGUCUGAGAACAAAUCAUGAGAUAAUUGAAAGACUCACUCGACUUGGCGCGUAUGCAUCAAGCCAGCUAGACGAUAUUGAUUCCGCUUGCGAAGUGUCUUCUGAGGAAGAAGAAGAGCAAGAAGAAAAAGACAAGUGUUCAAAAGUGGAGCUAAAUACUUUACGUAUGCGUCGUUCAGACAAAGCCUUGAAUAUCCUUCGUGGGCUUUCUUAACCAUCUUUUUUCAUUAGCUUCACUGUAACAAAUAUCAUUUCCUCCCUUUUCUUUUUUUCAUUCUUCAUACGCACUUUUUAUUGUAUUGUAUAUUUUAUAAAUAUUUAAAUAAAAAAUAACCUCUUUAUGUACUUAUGUGUAUUCACUACUUGGCAAUACUUUAAGAAAAAAAGAGACUUACUGCCAUGGGUGAAAUACUUUUUUAUUUUUUAAUAGCAACGUCCAUCUGACUGUGUCACACUGCAAGCUCUCCUUACUUUGAGCAUUCAAUAGCCAAUAAAAAAAUAACUCACCUGCAUUUAAAUAAACUUUUUUUUUCUCUUCUUUUUCUCUUCUUUUUCUCUUUUUCUUUUU